CUAAAGCCAUAUCACAUACAAAAUGUUACUUAUUUUAAUAAUUUAUAUACUGUACCUUUAAGCAGUGCACGAGAGGGAUACAUUGUACAGUACAUAGUUAAAUUGGUUAAAAGUAACCAUAAAUGUUAGCCAUAAUUGUUCAUAUACAUAGGGACUGUGGCAUCUAUAGUGGUGGGUUUUGUCAUCCUUUAUCCUGGCUCCUUCCUGUAUGUUUUUAUACCAAGAUUGCUCGGUGCACUUCUGUGUCACUUGCUCACUGUCAUAAUGAAGGCAACAAUUUUAAAAGUACACAUAACUGGAAAUCUACCAAUGUAGCUUAGGGCACAAUGUAAUUUUUUAAAGUAUUUUUAUUGAAAGUUUUCUAUAUAAAACUAAUUAAAUUACAAAAAUGGUAAGAAAUCAAGAAAUGAGAAGAGAGAGAAAGGAGGGGGGGAAUAACUAUAAGGGCCCUUUAUCACAUUUAUAUCAUCAUUUAUCCACACAAAGAAAGGUAGACCCUCCAAGCUCCCACCUGGGAGCCUACUUCUUCCAGUCUCCCACCCUGGGAGAACCUUUCUACCCUGCCUUUCCUGCCGGAACCAUCUUCCUCCAGCUAUUCCCUUUCUCUGUGUGUGCUUAGAACACAAUGUACAAACGGGUGUUCCAACUCAAUAAUUCCAUUUUGGAAUUGAAAAUCUGAAGACGUGGCAGUAACUGGGAAAAUACUGUAAUUUAGAAACACAUUUUUUAUUGAAUAUCUGUACUAAGAGAACUUAAAAGUUUGUAGCCAACAUUUUUUUUAGCAUUAGUUGAUCACAUAAAACUUACUGAUGUCCUGUUUCUUGUAAUGUCAUUAUUAGCCACUAGAUUAUACAGAGGCAUGUUUCACAUCUUCUAUUUUCUCCCUCUUUCCAUGAAGAUCUGAGAUCAGUCAGAAGGAUAGCUCUUCUUGCAAUAGUUUGCUGUACAGAAUUUGAUGCUUUCUCCUCCUGUUUAAGAAGUUACAUUUUCGUUUUCCUAUCAUUUUCAUUUUGUGUAAGUUAGGUGGAUUGCAAAGAUUCCCAAAAACAUGGGUUAGGGUCUACUGGUACCGGGACGUCUUUCUGAUAAGUAUUUCUUAUAUACAGUACUAGGGUGAAUGCAAGGACAAAGAUGAGAGAGUCAACAUGACUUACAAAUUCUUGCACUGAGCGCUUAGGAAGAAAAUAAGGACUUCCCUUGUACACUAGUAAGAAAUUACCUAUAGCUGGUGCACAGUUCAUAAUCAUAUUCAUCCACAAAUGAGAGUCUUUACAGCUACUGCCAUACUGUAUUCUGAGUUCUAUUUCCACCACCGGAACACCCUGUUGAGAUUCUCGAGGUCCAUAAAAGACCGUCUUCUUUCUUAAGCAGUGACGUUGGAGCAGAGAUUCCCUAUUUAAUCUAUGGGGCAACUACAUCCUUGGUGUCACACUGCACAAAAGGCUUUCUUAAAGUCUCAAGUCCUACUCCACUGUUGGCCCGGCAGGAUUAGCCUAUAAGCUGCUCACAAUAUCUUUGGGAAUUGUUUUUGGUGAGGAUCGAGACAGUUUCUCCCAUGCUUUUGAACACUUCCAGCUGUGAAAAGUUAGGGGAUGGGUAUAACUUGUCAUCCAAGCUUCCUCAAACAUAAAUGUUAGUUCUCUUAAAAGGUGACCUUAAUUCCACCCAAAAAAACACGUAAACCAGAGGGAUGUCAUUAAAGGUGAGUGGCAGGACAGGAUAAGCAGCAACAUGGUCUUACUGGCUUGGCGUAAUCUAUAAAAAUAGCAAUGUCUCUGAUCCAGUUUUGAAUGCAGAGAGUCUCGGCUUUUCUCCCAAAAAGAACCUAGGUCUGGGACAUCCUUGAAAUAAAUUGGUUUUCAACUGCAGUGUGUUGUAACAUAUCAUGUGAAAGCACAAAUCCACUAACUAGUAAAAGGAGGGAUUAUUUCCAUUGCUCAUCUGCUGGCAGAGAUUUCUCCAAAUUGGAUCACGCUGAUUAGUAUUAGAAUGACGCAUUGUAGAUCCAGCUUUAAUCAUUUGAAACCUUGAAGCUGUUUCUCCUUUGCAUGGAAGGGACCACUAGAAAUAGUUGCAUGUGCUAUUUGCCAAUAAUCCUUUUUAUUUAUUUAUUGUGAAAUUUGUUGAUUCUUGCCCCUUGGAAAACCUGCCCACAUUUCUCCUCCUUCAGGCUCGGCAAGAUGGAGGGGCCACACCAUGGCUCAGUUAGAGCUACGCCAUUUGGAAUCUUCAAGGCCUGAAUGGGUGGCAGAUCUCCCUGAAGUUGUUCUCUUUCCAAAACAGGAUUAAUUUUUGUGAAGUUUUGUGGCGAGCCUAACACUGCAAAGAUGGCUGUGAUGAAAGUCAAGUUCAACCAGAAGAAAAGAGUAAAACUAGCACAAGGACUAUGGCUCAUGAACUGGUUCUCCUUGUUUGCUGGGAUCGUUGUUUUCUCUAUGGGAUUGUUCCUGAAAAUUGAGCUCAGGAAACGAAGUGAAGUGAUGGACAACUCUGAAAGCCACUUUGUGCCGAAUUCCUUGAUAUUGGUGGGUCUCCUAGCCUGUGUGUUCAACGGUCUUGCAGGCAAGAUCUGUUACGAUUCUCUGGAUCCUGCUAAGUUUGCAAAGUGGAAGCCUAUCUUGAAAGUGUACCUAGUGUUGUGUGUGUUCUUUAACGUCUUCAUUCUCUUCGUGGUUCUCAUUUGCUUUCUGAUGAGGGGUUCUCUGGAUAGUACAUUAGAACAUGGUCUAAAAAAUGGCAUGAAGUUCUAUCGAGAUACAGAUACACCAGGAAGGUGCUUCAUGAAGAAGACAAUCGACAUGCUCCAGAUUGAGUUCAAAUGUUGUGGAAACAAUGGUUUUAGAGACUGGUUUGAGAUUCAGUGGAUCAGCAACAGAUACUUGGAUUUUGGCUCUAAGGAAGUGAAAGAUCGCAUUAAAAGCAACGUGGACGGCAGAUACUUGGUGGAUGGCGUCCCCUUCAGCUGCUGCAACCCGAGUUCGCCACGACCUUGCAUCCAGUACCAGGUCUCUAACAACUCGGCUCACUACAGCUAUGACUUUCAAACGGAAGAGCUCAAUCUAUGGAACCGCGGCUGCAGGGAGGCUCUGCUUAAAUACUACAGCAACAUGAUGAGCUCCAUGGGAGUCAUUGUCCUCUUUGUCUGGCUCUUUGAGAUCUUGGUGAUGAUAGGGUUGCGGCUGUUGCAUACUUCCCUGGAGAGCAUUGCCAACCCAGAAGACCCAGAAUGUGAGAGCGAAGGCUGGGUGCUGGAGAAGAGCCUGAAAGACACUUUCAAAUCCACCCUGGAAAAUUUGAAAAAUAUUGGUAAGUCGAACCAAGUGGAUGCAGGCGCAGAAGGAGCAGAAGGCGACGGCGCGAAGACCCAGGCUGUCUCAACCGUCAGUUGAGUUUCUUGGCCGAAAAGACUGUUACCAAAGACUGAGAUUUGUGAAUAUUCGGUUUUUAAAGAGGUACAAUCUGUCGCAGCUAUAUAUAUAUAUAUGUAUGCACAAAACACACACUUUUUACAUACAGAGAGAACAGUAUAAGGCACUUUGGGAUAAUGCAAGCAUCCUUACAGUAGACAGCCAAAACCACUUCUAUGGGAAAUGCUAUAACGUGAAGUUUAAAGCAGAUACUUUCUAGGGUAAAUUCUAUUUUUGAUGCAAGUGAUAUUUCAUAAGAAAUUCGGUGCGAAUAAGUGGUCGACACUAUCUUGUGUUUCGCGUCCCAUCACCGGAAACCAAAUGGGGAAGUUUAAAGCUAAUUAUUUUUGUACUUAAGUUUACAAAUACAUUUGUAAAUAAAUAA